AUGUCUGCCACACAACAGUUGAUAGCGCACUAUCUCAAGACCAACAAGCUCACACGUACUUUGGAGGCGUUUGAGCUGGAGCUCAAUAAGAAGUUCGACUGUUCAGUCGAGGAAUCCUUGGAGACAAUUCUGAAGGAUAGACUUGCCUAUCUGUCGUUGGAGAAACCAGACUCCGAGAAAACAGAAUCUCUAUGGACCGUGGAUGCGCCAAAAAACCACGAAACGCUGGAACUGGGCACUUUAAAGUCUCUUGUGAUAUCCUCAUCAUUUACAAAGCUAAAGAUUGGCUCAAAACGUGUGUCUUUGGGUCUCUUUGUCACCAAUAACAAACAGGUCCACUUUUUCGAUUUGGAGAUGCGCAGAAACCUGUUAGUCAAGAACGAUCUGCAUGGAUCAACGGCAACAAAACUUGUGACAGGAAUAGAUGGCAGUGAUAUCAUUCUAUCUUGCGGAAUGGAAGGGAAACUAAGGGUCUGGAGAGCUAAUUACGACAACGAUCUUGAGCUGGAGCUUUUGAGUGAAGAACAAAUACACAAGAGGCUUGUUCUCCAGAUGAAGUUCGAGAGAAUGGACGCAAAGACAGGAUUCUUAGUCUCCACUGGAUGGGAUUCUAAACUGGUGGCCACCAAAGUCAAUCUUCAGAAUGGGACCACAGAGAAACUAAACGAGGUGAGUUUGCUUACGAGAGCUAGCUGUCUGCUCAUCACCGCUGACCCGAGCGAUUUUCCUAUAAUUCUCGUGGGACGCACAGAUACGUCGAUGGUUGGAGUGUACACCAUCCACGAUCGCAUUUUUGAGAUUGGACGAUUGGCACUGAACGACUCUGAGUUUUCAAGCCAUUCAUUUCAUCCUAUGGCAUUUGCAAAAAUUGAGAAUGGUAGCGUGGUAGCAGCUACCAAUCAUACCCCCUACAUGAGAUUGAUUACUUUUAGGAUGCCAACGAUUGCUGACCUCAUAGGGGUCGAGGAGACUCAAGUGGGGGCGAAAAUUGCGGCGGCGAGCGUACUAGCUACAAAUAGCCAGUCUUUCCAGACGGACGUCACGAUCCAGCGAAACAUCAUCAUUUCCAAUUUUAAUUCAAUGUCGCCCCAAGACAAGUUUUCUGACCCCAUUGUGAACACAAGACCCCACAAAGAUGGGAUCUGGAUAUUUGGAGACGACGGUGUCGUCAGAGGGUUUGACGUGGGAGCAGGGUCUGUGGUUGAGGAGCUGAAGACGCACGAGGGCCGGAUCAAAUCUGCCUUUGUGGCCGAGGUGUGCGACACAGAGACCAUUGUAAGCUGUGGUGCCGUUGAUAGGGUUGCCAGUAUUUGGCAAUAG